UUUUUUUGCUGCGUGUUUUUCAAGAAAGAAAAUUUUUCAUCUUGUGCUAGUGGUGGUGAUCUUUGGUUGAAGUUAUAUUGCACCGCCUUUAGACUUGAUGUAGUCCUGCACCACAGCCCACGCCUCAGUGUCACCACUGACUUCCUGUGUGGAGCAGGGGAAGAGAGGACGAGAGAAGAGAGAGAGGCGGAGUGAGUGGUGAGGAAGUAGGAAGUAGGAAGGGAAGUAGAUAAGGAAUGGGUAAGAAAAUGGAGGAGGAAGGUUUUUAGGUAAAGGGGUUAAUAAGAAAGGGGAGAGAGGACAAGAGACGGAGUGAGUGGUGAGGAUUCAGGAAGUAGGAAGUAUAUAGCAAGGGAAGUAGAUAAUGAAUGGG